UGGUUAUCUCGAGCGCGCGAUGCGCGUCCCUCUCUCUCUCUCUCACCCACACCUCGACCGGCGUCCCGGCCAGCCAUUGCGUGGCCGCUGCGUGGUGCCGCAGGGUCGGGUAUCGCCGGGUAUCGCGUCGUCAACAUGGUUCGCGCCGUCGCCGCCCUGGCGGUCCUCGUUGGACUCUGCCAGGCGACCCCCGUGCCGCUGGAGACGCCGCAGUCGCUGCAUUCCGACAUCUCGCUGCAAAUCUCGGGCGGCAGUGACGUGGACAUCCAGCGCGUGCCGUACCAGGCGGCGGUCGAGCUGUCGUCCGAACACAUCUGCGGGGCGGCCAUCGUGGCGCCGCACUGGGUGCUGACCAGCGCCGCCUGCGUCGUAGAGGUUCGGUCCCGACGCGCGCUGCGGAUCUGCGCGUCGGCGCGCGGCGGCCGCGGCGGCCUCGCCGGCGUGCAGGCCGAGUCCGUUGAGUUGCCGGUGUACAGCCCUAGGGACGCGUCGCUGCUGCGCGUGCGCGUGGGCUCGUCUGUGCGCGAGUCUGGCGGCGCGCUGCUGGAGGUGACGCAGGUCGUGGCCCACGACAAGUACGACGCCACCACGCUGGCCUACAACGUGGCGCUGCUGCAGACGCGCGCGCCCGCCACCAGGUCGCCGUCGGUGCAGCCCGCCGUCCUGGUGGCGAGCGGCGCGCGGCCCAAGGGCGGCGCCAAGCUGCUCGUGUCCGGCUGGGGCAAGACGUCGCUCGGCGAGUUCUUCAAGCCGCUGCAGCUGCAGUCGCUGUCCGUGUCCGUGCUGGCCAGGACGCUGUGCGCGCGCGCCUACGCCAGCGAGGCCACCAAGGUGGACGACACGACGCUCUGCGCGCGCGGCGAGGAUUGGAAGGGCGUGUGCGAGGGCGACUUCGGCGGGCCCCUCGUCAACGACAUGCACGAACUGGUGGGCGUGGCGUCCUGGGCCAAGGGGUGCGGCUUCCCCCGCAACCCCGCCGUGUUCGUGGACCUCGCCAAGGACGACAUCAACACCUGGGUGCAAACCACCAUCAAGAAGUGAAUAAAGUUUCCAGUGUCUUCUG